AACCUCUAUGGGAGAAAUGUGCGAUUUUCUGAAAUCCUAAGGGUGUCUUGCGUAAAUUUUGGAAAGUCCGACCCGUGACCGUUUCCAAUCUCCCGCCCCGAACUACAGAGUUGAGCAAUCACAGAGUCACAGUACAACUCUUCCUAGUUACAUUGCGCCGCCUCCGCCGCGGCAAUGGCUACCAGUAACAGGAAAAUGAGGGCGUUCAAAAAAUGGAUGAACUCGAAAGGCAUAGAGUGGAGCGACGCUUUGGAGCUAGUCGCAACGGAAUCCCCCGUCUUCAUCAGAGCGGUGUGCGAUUUGCACGAAGGCGACGUGGUGGCGAAAAUCCCGAAGGAGAGCUGCUUGACGAUAAAAACUUGUGGUGCUCGGCAAAUGAUCGAGGAAGCUGAGCUUGACGGCUACUUAGGCCUGGCCGUGGCGCUGAUGUAUGAAAGGAGUCUCGGCCCGGUUUCUCCUUGGUUUGGUUAUCUUCAGUUGCUGCCACAUUCUGAGCCUAUCCCCUUGCUUUGGUCGCUCUCUGAAAUCAACUCUCUUCUCGCUGGCACUGAGCUCCACAAGAUAAUUAAAGAAGACAAGGUUCUUAUCCAUGAGGACUGGAAAGAGUGCAUCCAACCUCUUUUGGACAAUGCUUCAUUGGGGCUUAACCUGGAAGGCUUUGGUAUUGAAGAAUAUUUUGCGGCAAAAAGUCUUAUUGCUUCUCGAUCAUUUCAAAUUGAUGAUUACCAUGGAUUUGGGAUGGUUCCCCUGGCAGACCUUUUUAAUCACAAGACUGGUGCUGAGGAUGUGCACUUCACAUCCAUAUCCUCCGAUUCUGAAUCAGAUAGUGACGCAGAUGAUAACAAUAGUAACACUGAGUAUCAGAAUAAUAGUGACCAUGAGCCAAUUAGCGAAAAUGCACAUUCAGAAGGAGAUUCUUUGAGCGGGAGUGAUUUAGAUUCUUCUUCAAUGUCUGGGAAUGAUCCUACAGCUCUGGAAAUGAUCAUGGUGAAAAAUGUCAAAGCUGGAGUUGAGGUAUUUAAUACAUAUGGAUCCCUAGGCAAUGCUGCGUUGCUGCAUAGAUAUGGAUUCACAGAAUCAGAUAAUCCAUAUGAUAUUUUGAACUUAGAUCUUGAACUGGUACUUCAGUGGAGUUCAUCUCGAUUCUCAUACCGUCACAGUAGGAGGAGGUUAUCACUAUGGAGAGCGUUGGAUUAUUCUGGAUGCGUCAGUCAAGACUCUGAAUAUUUUGAAAUCUCAUAUUAUGGGGAGCCACAAAUUGAGUUAAUAAUUUUGCUUUACAUAUUGUUGUUGUCAGAAGAAGCAUAUAGUGAAGUUGAUCUUGCUGUGUCUACAAUGGGUGAUGUUGAAAAAUCUUGGCAACUCUUUUUAUCAAAGCAAGGGGUUCCAUUGGAAAAUGGAUCAGAACUUAACAAGAAUUCAUUGCUUACAGAAAGCGUUUGCUUGGCUCUCUUGUCACUAGCAGAUGCCCGGGAAAGUUUAUAUGGUUCAAAUUAUCUCAGAAAUGAUCUCAAAGAGCUGAAUAGGUGCUCUCAGCUAAGCGAACCUAAACUGUAUCACUCUCUCGUGCUACGUAUAAGUGAGAGGAAGAUUCUUCAGAAAUUAAGGACUUAUGCCUCAGCAGGUGCUACAACGAAGAAAGGUACAAAAAGGAAAGGUAAAAGACGGUGCAUGAAGACGCAAGUCACCCGGUAGCAUUCUUGGUCUGUGCUAUACACAUGACAGGGCAUCUACCUAUAAUACAUAGUUGAAAGUUGAAAUAACAGUACAUGGUAUCUACACAAGGAAAAUGUAAGCG